AUGCUGCCGCCAUUCCGAGCACGCGUGCCCGCUGCUCUGCGGAGCUUGUCUCGUUCCACCGCGCCGGUUCGCACUCUGACCACCACUCUUCCCCGUUUCCAAAAUGAGGACAAGGCGCUCAACAAGGUCUCACGGCAUAUCACCCAGCCCAAGUCCCAGGGUGCCUCGCAGGCGAUGCUGUACGCCGUCGGUCUGACGGAAGAGGACAUGAACAAGGCUCAGGUUGGAAUUUCAUCAGUCUGGUUCAAUGGCAAUCCUUGCAACAUGCACCUGCUCGACUUGAACAACAAAGUGCGCCAGGGUGUGCAGGACCAGGGCCUCAUUGGAUUCCAGUUCAACACCGUCGGUGUCAGUGACGCCAUCAGUAUGGGAACCACGGGAAUGCGCUACUCCUUGCAAAGUCGCGAUCUCAUUGCCGACUCGGUGGAGACCGUCAUGGGUGGACAGUGGUAUGAUGCCAAUAUCAGUAUUCCUGGCUGUGACAAGAACAUGCCCGGUGUUCUCAUGGCCAUGGGCCGUGUCAACCGCCCGAGUUUGAUGGUAUACGGUGGUACCAUUAAGCCCGGCUGUGCGGUGACUCAGAACAAUGCCGAUAUCGAUAUUGUUUCUGCCUUCCAGGCCUAUGGUCAAUUUAUCGCCAAGGAAAUCACCGAGCCCCAGCGAUUCGAUGUGAUUCGUCACGCGUGUCCCGGCGAGGGUGCCUGUGGUGGUAUGUACACGGCCAACACGAUGGCGACCGCGAUUGAGACCAUGGGUAUGACUCUGCCCGGCUCCUCCUCUAACCCGGCCAAUUCCCAGGCCAAGUAUAUGGAGUGCUUGGCCGCCGGUGGCGCGAUCAAGAGACUGCUCGCCGAGGACAUUCGUCCGCGCGACAUCCUGACCCGUCAGGCCUUCGAGAACGCCAUGGUUCUCGUCAACAUCACCGGUGGAUCUACCAACGCAGUCCUCCACUUGAUCGCCAUUGCCGAUUCCGUCGGCAUCAAGCUCACCAUUGACGACUUCCAGGCCGUGUCCGAUCGCACUCCCUUCUUGGCCGACCUGAAGCCCUCUGGCAAGUACGUCAUGGCUGAUCUCUUCGCUCUUGGCGGUACGCCUGCCGUGCUGAAGAUGCUGCUCAAGGAGGGCCUCAUCGACGGCUCUGGCAUGACCGUGACCGGUGAGACGAUGGCCAAGAACCUGGAGAAGGUACCGGACCUUCCCGAUGACCAGAAGAUCAUCCGUCCCUUCAGCAACCCGAUCAAGCCCACCGGUCACAUUCAGAUCCUGCGAGGCUCCCUUGCCCCCGGUGGUAGUGUCGGUAAGAUCACCGGCAAGGAGGGCACUGUGUUCACCGGCAAGGCCCGCGUGUUUGAUUCCGAGGACGAUUUCAUUGCUGCGCUGGAACGCAGCGAGAUCAAGAAGGAGGAGAAGACAGUUGUGGUCAUUCGCUACUGCGGUCCUAAGGGUGGCCCCGGCAUGCCUGAAAUGCUCAAGCCUUCCGCCGCUCUGAUGGGCUACGGACUUGGCUCGUCAUGCGCCUUGAUCACUGAUGGUCGUUUCUCCGGUGGUUCUCACGGAUUCCUGAUCGGCCACAUUGUGCCCGAGGCUGCCGUUGGUGGACCCAUUGGUCUCCUCCACGAUGGUGAUGUGAUUACGAUCGAUGCUGAAAAGCGCGUUCUUGAUGUCGAUGUGCCCGAGUCCGAGCUCGCCGUACGCCGUCAGGACUGGGAGGCCCGCAAGGCCGCCGGCAAGUUGCCCGAGACUGGUCUGACCAUGCGUGGUACCCUGGGCAAAUACGCUCGGACUGUCAAGGACGCCAGCCAGGGCUGUAUCACCGAUGCUGUGGAGUAA